AGAGAUUUUGAGGGGAGCUACUCAUAACUAUUCUUCCCUCUUUACCGUCAAUCAUAUUAAAGAUACAACAACCUUCAGGAGAACGAUCAAGACAUUCAAAGAUUCACUUUCAAAAAAAGGAGUUGUAUACGGAGUCUACUUUAGUCUUGAUAGGAGAGAUUGGAUCGAACACAAUUGCAAACCAAUCAAAGCCAAAACUAUCAUUCUCUCGCCUUCAUCCAUACCAAUCGAGUUCAUUGUAAUCAAGUAUAAACAUGGCUGCCGCGACACCUACAACGACAGAGUACGGUCAUCCAUUGCGCAAGUUCAAACUUGUGUUCUUGGGUGAACAAUCAGUCGGAAAAACAUCUUUGAUCACACGAUUCAUGUACGACACAUUCGAUAACACAUAUCAAGCCACGAUCGGAAUCGAUUUCUUGAGUAAGACAAUGUACCUAGAAGACCGUACAGUUCGAUUGCAAUUAUGGGAUACGGCCGGACAGGAAAGAUUCCGAUCUUUGAUUCCUUCUUACAUUCGUGAUUCUUCGGUGGCGGUAGUGGUUUAUGAUAUCACAAAUCGAGCUUCAUUCCAAAAUACGUCAAAAUGGGUGGAUGAUGUUCGAGCAGAAAGAGGAAAUGAUGUGAUUAUCGUUUUGGUUGGAAAUAAAACGGAUUUAAACGAUAAAAGACAGGUUACAACUGAAGAAGCAGAAAAAAGAGCGCAAGAAUUUAAUGUUAUGUUUAUCGAAACUUCUGCUAAAGCUGGACAUAACGUUAAAACUUUGUUCAAAAAGAUCGCUCAAGCUUUACCCGGAAUGGACAAAGACGCACAACAAGAUGGCGCUGCAGCUGCCAACAAAACCAUCGACGUUUCUACUCAAAAUCAACAAUCGGAAGAGUCGAGCGGAUGUAAAUGCUAGACGCUUGUCUCGAUCAAACAGGCAGUGGAUAUCCUUCAUCUCUUCUUUUGUCUCGAUUAUACUUCCCAUUCGCUUUCUUAUUGGGAUCAUCUCAUCGGCUCUGAGAAAGAACAUUGUAAUACAUCUAUCUCAUUUAUUCAUUAUGUCAUGUCUAUAGUACAAAGUGUUGGUGUGUAAUGUACAAAUUUGUUCAGUCUUCUGUUAGAUCCGUUAGAUCGG